GGGAGACUUCUCCCUUGUGAUCAUUAAGCUGGAUUACAUAACGAACUACUACUCUGCAUCAUGCAUAAAUGCGUCAUUUUGAGAUGUUCCCACAUGCCCCGCCAAAUUUUUCUCUCUCUAUUUUUUUCGUUUUUAAUUCCAGUCCUACCGCCGCAAACUCAUCUAUCCCUUGUUACAGAUGUGAGUAUCGCUCAUAGUGUGGGAUGAAAUGAUUUAAGCACAAACACUAUCUUGCAAAUGCUGGUCAUAUCCACCACUCCUCUUACAUGAAACGGUGAUUUUGGCUCUGCGUUCUUGGUUAUCAUCAUUCUAGAUGGAGAGCGCCUUUGGGAGGUGGGUGAUCUGUGGCAAUCUUGACGUGGUCAGGGUCUAACACUCUUGGAUGUCUUUCUUCGCCCUUAUUCACCUUCACUGUUGGUGUCAAUAAGAAGGAAUUAACCGUGCAUUCUUCUGCGUUGGCAGGGCUUUCUCAAAGCCUGAAUACUCUUAUAAACGGUAAAAUGAAAGAGGCAAAAACUGGACACGCUGUCUGGUCAGAGGUCGAUGUAUACACAUUCGCUCGGUUAUGUGAAUAUGUGUAUUUACGAAACUACACACGGCCGUCAUAUCGCCUGAUCGAUGGCGUCUCCUCCCACAAAGGUCACAGAAACCGCGAAGGAAAAGAAGAAACGCAAUAACCGUCGCUCGAAUGUGAACUGGGACGAACCUCCAGAAUUAGAAUCUGCAUCUGAAGACGACGCCUGCAAUGAUCCGGAAACUCCAUACAAGGAGAGAAGCAUCUGGAGUGGACAUUUGCGCGAUGCUUUUGUAAGGAGCCUCAUCAUUCCGAGCCCGCAAAGUGGCGACUUGGGCUGUACUUUCACACCACCUGAAAAUACCGGACCCUGGGAGGACUUCACCCCUGUGUUUCUCAAACAGGCCCGACUGUACGUGCUGGCUGACAAAUAUGGCAUAGACUUGUUGUGCCAGCUGGUCCUUUCCAAAUUGCAUCAAACACUGAGAACCUUCAAGCUGUAUGACACUGGAGUGAGUGGUAUUGUUGACUUUGUUCGAUUUGUCUACUUGAACACACCACCAAAUCAAGGCAGUAGGGUUGAUGCCAUGAGGAAUUUCACAACAUGUUAUGUUGUUUCUGUUCUUGGUCAAAUUGGUGAGAAUGAAUGUUUCCUGGAACUUUUAGAAGAAGGUGGUCCUUUCAUCUGUGAUUUCUGGCACAUUAUUUGGAGUGUUAAGGAAAGCUCUAGCGUAUGCUCUGGCGUAUGAGAUGAAUGCGGUUCUAGGGUCUUGUGAUGUUUACGAUAUAUGGAUGCCAGACCACCUAAAAAGGAUCCGGUCUGUCAUUGAUGAGAUCCCUCGUGGAGUACAUUCUGGUGCCUCAUAGUCCCCGUCAUUUUUAGAUGAGGAUGGCAGCCAACCAAGUCAAGCUAGCUUUGUAAGCCUCAGCAAAAGUUACCUGGAGAAGGACAUGUGCUCUCUAUCAAUCAUGUCACCACCACUCUCUAUUAGUACUC